UUGACAUUUUAUCUUUAAAAUAAACAAAAGUUUAAUUCUUUCGUCGGCAGGAACAAAAAGUUCCAUUCAGACAGAUUUUUCGCUUAGAGUACCGAUAUUUAGUCGAAACUAAUCCCACGAAAAUGUCUGUAAUGACGGAUGAUAUCGAAUCCAUUAUACCAGCUGCAACCCACAAUCCGCUGGAACAGUUUGUGUUGCUUGCAAAAUCCGCAAAAGGAGCCGCAUGCCUAGAUCUAAUCAAACAAGUGUUAGAAGCGCCUGGUGUCCACGUUUUCGGGGAACUGCUGGUUAUGCCCAACAUCAUCGAGUUAGAAAAUGGUCCCAAUUCGCGGUACUUCAACACAUUAAAAUUGUUCGCGUACGGAACAUACAAACAAUAUUUGGAUAACAAGGAACAACUGUUGGAACUGUCCCCGUUGAUGAUAAAGAAAUUGCAGCACUUGACGAUUGUUACAAUGGCCAUUCGCAGCAAAGUGAUUCCAUACAAAGAUCUGUUGGUAGAAUUGGACAUCAAAAAUGUUCGAGAUUUGGAAGACUUGAUCAUCGAAUCGAUUUACGCAGAUAUUAUUCACGGCAAAUUGGAUCAACGCAACAGUCAAUUGGAAGUUGAUUAUGCUAUCGGCAGGGACAUUCAAUGGAACGAUAUUGGUAACAUUUCAGCUACGUUACGUGAAUGGUGCGACUCGUGUGAAACGGUUCUGUCGUGCAUCGAAAAGCAAAUUGAACGGGCGAAUUUGGAGAAGGCUCGUCGUACCAAACACAAGGAAACCAUUGAGCAAGAGAUACAGAUGUUGAAGACAUCGCUUAAAUCACAAUUACCCGAUGGCGAUGACGCACCAAUGUCGAGUGAUACUAGAGACACAUCCAGUUCAGAUAAUCGCAAAAAAGGUGUUAAGCCUAAAGGUAAUAAACCGACAAGUAAGCUAUGGUUCUAAAUCCCAAAAUUAAACGAUUUCCUCCAUUCAACUCGUAAAAUUAUACUUCUGAGAAUGCGCUCAAAUUACAUGAUUUUGGUUUUUUUUUUUAAAUAAAUUUAGUUUUUCCCCUUCCUUUUCUCCAUUGUAAAAACUGACGAUACUAGAAUAAAUGUGUUACCAUUAAGUGAAGUUAAUUUAA